GGUACGCUCGCGCACAGAGGGCUCGCGGCAGAUUGUGUGAGAGCGGAGCACAGCAUCCACAGCUCGUGAAGGUGGGUGUGACAAACAUUUCUUGUUAGGCGAAAAAUUGCUUAUUUGAGCGCGAAAGUACGAAAAUUACUAAAUUAAGCAGGUCGUAAGUGAUACCGGUAGAGCAAUAAAUUGUAUCUUAUCGAUAUUUUGUCAGUAAUUUGUGCAAAAUGUGUACUGAGAAACGUUUGUAGGGGUUCUGUUUGUGUGGCACGUGAGCUGACCGUUAGGUAUAUUUGUGCUCACGAGACAUCUUGUGCUCGUUUUAACGGCUAGACGGGGUUUGACCACGGUUGUUCACGCUCUUUUGUUGGUGGGUGGUUAGCCUAUUGUAUAGUGGGAGACACUGGCACAGUUGGCACCGACGGGGGAGACAGACGAGGGGGUCUCUUUUUCACGUCUGUAAAUUUUCAGGGGUGGCGGGUACAUUUUGUGGCGACCCUAAGAAGAGAGAGACACCACAGAGAGAGAGAAAAAAAGAGUGAGAGAGCUUAUUAUUCAACAUUUUCUGUGGUAACGUUUCCAUAAGCUCGUCUUUGUCUGCAGCUGCUCGACACGUUGCUUUGAAAAGCGCCUUUGUUUGAUGCUGUUUUGGGAGAAACGGCGCAAAAAAAAAGCUGAGAGAAAACUGAAUUUUAAUGAAGGAGACAGGUUGCCAUUGUCAAGGCGAAGUCGGUUGUUUGGAAAUGCCAAUCGUGGGUGUAAAAAUGGAAAGGAAAGGAAAGGUGUGGGCAUACAUACACCAAACCUUUUUUUCCCUUUAUCUUUCUUUUUUAUUUUUUAAUCAAGUAUUUUAGGCAGCAUGUCAAAAGAAAUGAAACAAAAAAAGAGAGAAUAUUUAAUAAGUUGUUGCCUUUGUAAUAUAAUUUGGGAGGGGUCUUUCUCCCACCAACCAUCUGAUUUUGGUGACUCACAUUCUUAACAUCCUAACCAGAUGACAUGACAGCUGAUGUGGUUGCUCCAUCAUAUCUUAAGAUGCAUUUAAGAUGAUAUAAAUUGUGUUAAAAUUAGGCUUGCCUUGCGUGUUAAGUCGGCUGUUGUCCUACACUUGUCCCCCCCCCCCCCCCCUUUCGUCUCCCUCCUGCAGCUCAAACACAUGCUGCAAGAAACAGGUGCUCCCCGAUGAUCAUUUCCCUCCGGAUAUGCUUUAUAUCUGACUAAUCUGAUCUAAAACGAUGCAUUUUGGUUAGUAUUUAACUGGUCCCUUUUGCAGACUGGUCCCCUGCACCUGGCAGUACCAGCCGUACCCACCCAGACCCCCAGCCUUUUGUCUCCACCAAAUGUGUCUCGUCGUUGAUGACCAAUUAUCAGGGCGGAUUACGGCCUUUUUUGUAAUGCCCUCCUCUUUCUCUCUUUUCAUGUGAUGGGGCUGUUUCAGGUGCUCUGAUUUGAUGUGAAUGUCAUUACAUGGACAAGUUAGCAGACAAACAAUGGUGUGUCACUGAUGCCAGAGCCGUUUUGUUUGGAUUGAUGGGCGGUGGUUGGUUGCAGUACUGAAAACGGCCACAAGGUGUUAGCAGUGCUUCUUGUUUUUAGCAGAGCAGGGCUACAACACCCGCUAGAGGUCUCUUAUUUUGGUUGAAUUGAAAAAAGCUGACCUUUUUCUCUUUUCUUUUAGGUACAUUAACCUGCAGCGCAGUCUUAAAAUGGCAGCCUCAGAAGGUUGGUUACAUCUUUCGAAAUAAUUCAAAUCUAAUGUACUGCAUGACAAAGCUUCAUUGUGUCUUAAUGAGUCCUCCUAUUGGUUGUGUCUUCAGAUAUCAAGGUUAAGGAGCUCGACAAGAGGGCCUCAGGCCAAGCCUUCGAGGUCAUCCUUGCCUCUCCUGCUCCAGAUGCCAACUUCCCUCUGUCUCCGCCUAAGGCUAAGGAUGUGUCUCUGGAGGAAAUUCAGAGGAAACUGGAUGCUGCAGAGGAGAGACGCAAGGUAGAAAAUGAUUAUUUUUUCCCUAACUUUACUGCUUGUAAAUGUAAAAUGUGACAUCUCGUUGCUAACUGUCUUUUCAGAACCAUGAAGCCGAGGUUCUGAAGCACUUAGCUGAGAAGCGAGAGCAUGAAAAGGAAGUGCUACAGAAAGCCAUGGAGGAGAACAACAACUUCAGCAAGAUGGCAGAGGAGAAACUCAAUCAGAAGAUGGAAGCCAACAAAGAAAACCGCACGGCACUAAUGGCAGCCAUGAACGAGAAGUUCAAGGAGAAGGUCGGUUGAUUUUUGAACCUCUAAAUUUGGGUUUUUUUUUUGGUGUCAACAACCACAAAACUAACUUUGUCUUCAUUUUUGUAACAGGACAAGAAGUUGGAAGAGGUACGAAAGAACAAGGAAACCAAAGAGGGCACUUCGGAAGACUGAAAGUUACCAACGGGGGAUUGUACAGGGUUUUUUACGUAUCCAAAGAUUGAUUUAUUUUUUGUUUGGCCAGUAUUUUUGUUGUGUUCACUACCCACCUUUUUGAAAUAAAUACAAGUUCCACUUUGUGAAUUUUUCAAUUCUCCUGCUAUAAGUGUACUUGCGCUGGUUUUACAUGUGGAUCAUUUCCCCCCCACCUGUUCAGUCUAAUCCAUUUGAUAUGUAGCUUGUCAGUGCAGCUUCUGCCCUUUUUGAAAUUAGCAGUGUGUACUUAUCCUUUUUGAGGAAGCAUGUUUCUAUGCAUAGGUCUUUUAUCCCUGCCUAUUUCAUAGUGCGUUUUGAAACUUGUUCCUGUGAACCACACCUGUUCUCGGCACCUACUGUAUAUUUAAAAAAAAAAAAAAAAAUGAAAAGACGUAGCACAAAAUUCAAACAAGGCGUUGGCUGUUAUCCAUGCAAGGUGUUUAGUGCGGCUUUGCUACUCAGAUUCUGCUAGAUUUUUUGCUCCUGCACAUGUUUCGUGCCGCUGCUGAUUCUUCGCUUUUGUAAAAAUAUAGAGUUAUCCUGGAAGCACAUGACUUCUUGCUGUUUAGCUGUGAGUUAAAACAUGUUGGAACAUGUAAACGGUUGCCAUCUUGGACAUCAGAAAACAGGGGUCUACACAUGGAAUGCAAAAGAGCAAUACACUUUGGCAUCUCAAUAGAUACAGUGGCUAGUUGACUUGAACUGUUGUACUAAAACAAAUAAAAAAAAUCAUACAAACACAUUUCUGCUUGCUAUUUUAAACUCUCUGCCCCCUUUUGUUGGUACAGUUUAUUUUGUAAGUUUGAGCCGCAAUAAAUUUCAGUGUUUUGAGCAGAA